AUGGGGGGCACGUGGGGGUGCGGGGGUGCGGGGGUGACAGGCACGCGGUGCGGAGGGCGUGUUGGGGUGUGUGGUGUGUGUGUGUGUGUGUUUGGGGGUGUGCUGGCGGUGGGUAUAUGGGUGUGUGUGCUUGGGGGUGUGCUGCUGGGGUGUGGGUGUACCUGGGGGUGUGCUGGAGGUGGUACGUGGGGGUGUGGGUGUACCUGGGGGUGUGCUGGCGGUGGGUACGUGGGGGUGUGGGUGUACCUGGGGGUGUGCUGGCGGUGGUACGUGGGGGUGUGGGUGUACCUGGGGGUGUGCUGGCGGUGGGUACGUGGGGGUGUGGGUGUACCUGGGGGUGUGCUGGCGGUGGUACGUGGGGGUGUGGGUGUGUGUUUGGGUGUGUGCUGGCGGUGGGUACGUGGGGGUGUGGGUGUACCUGGGGGUGUGCUGGCGGUGGUACGUGGGGGUGUGGGUGUACCUGGGGGUGUGCUGGCGGUGGUACGUGGGGGUGUGGGUGUACCUGGGGGUGUGCUGGCGGUGGUACGUGGGGGUGUGGGUGUACCUGGGGGUGUGCUGGCGGUGGGUACGUGGGGGUGUGGGUGUACCUGGGGGUGUGCUGGCGGUGGGUACGUGGGGGUGUGGGUGUACCUGGGGGUGUGCUGGCGGUGGGUACGUGGGGGUGCAGGACGUGGGUGCGAGGUGCGCGUGGGGGGCCCGUUCCCGCGUGCGGUGGGCGGGCGUGUGGGGCUGCAGCGUCGGCGCGGGAAGGCUUCCCACGCGGUGGGUGUGCGCCGGCAGAGCAGCGGCCUCCGUCCUGCCCGCUCGUGCGUGGUUUGGCGUAGGGGAAACAACGGGGAUCGCGAAGCGCGCCUGCCGUUUCCUGUUUGCUCCGGCGUCGCGGUGUUAAACUCCGUCUCUCCCCGCCGAGCAGGUGCUGCGAGGAGCUGCGGGGAGCUGCGCGGUUGUUUGUGUUGCCUCGCGUAGGAGGUGGAGCAGCAAAGUGUGUGCAAAUAAUCUGCAAGGAUGGAAGUAGAUUGCAGUUGUAAAUUUAAGACAUCCACACUGCUUUCCCUCUGUGCUUGCAGGAUUAUAUUUUCCUCAUGGUUCAUUUUAAAUUUCACCGGUUGGUAUGCAUACUCCCUCUCAAAAAAGUAUGUAAAUAGCAGGUAAUGUAAAAUAUGUAUAGCAAGAAAAGAAUCCCCAGUUGUUCAAAAACAUAGUUGACAUGGAUGGAAUUAGGGUGAUGGACUGUCUGCUCUCAAAAAUAAUCAGAAGUCCCAAAGCCUUAAAAAAACCCCAUAUGCUAUUCCACCAAAAUUGGAAAUACUGGGACCUUCCUCAGAUUGAAAUUGGUAACAUACUGACUUUACCUAUGAGAUCAAAAUAGUUACAGUUGUAGAAAUGUAAAUAUUGGCUCUUUUAUUGUCUGUAAAUAUUUUUGUUGUCUGCUCCAGUAUACCUGAAAAAAAAGAAAGUUGUUGCACUUCCAAUCUUGUAAGCUCUACGUCUGCUUGCUGCAGGUCUCUCAUGAUUCCUGAAUCCCAUUAUGUGGCUUAGGAAAUAUAGGAAAUAUUUGAAGCCAGUGUUUCUUAAUCUAAUUUAAUGUGUCAGCUUUAUCGGUCACAAAGUCUAGAAUAUUCAAAAUGACUUAUCCAUUUUUACUAGACCUUUUUACUCUUGUACGUUGGCAAACAUAAAGCUUUAUCUGUUGGGUCAGGUGGAUGAACAUUUAAGAGGCAGAUUUGCUUUUUUGUUGGUAAAGUUUGCUACUUCCAAAAAGAUUAUAAGAUAAAACCCACCAAAUUGGAUUUGCCAAAAUGCAUAAUGUUAGAGUAGUUCAGUGUCUCUUGUUCGAAGAGUAACUGAUCUAAGGGAUGGUGGAGAAACACUGGGUGAGUACAGGGAGCGUGCUCAAGCAGUCGUUUUUGGUAUAUCAGCAAGCGUUUGUCGGUAGUGAUCUAGACGUACCUGACUGUGUCUCAGCAUGAGAGGGAAAACAAGAUCGUCUUUUGAUGUCUCUUUCAGCAUUAUAUCGUGUCAGCUUAUGAGUGUGAUCCCCACGGUAUGCUUAGUUUGAUUCCUCCACUGUAACUGUCAGUUUAGUAUUAAAUAGCACUUGGCACCUUUGCAAGAGCAGGGCUUGUUGGUUCGCAUUUGUCGCCGAGGAGGGAGGCUGUGUGACUCAUCUGCUGCUCACGUAGCACAGGAGACUCCUGCUUUUGUGGCCUCUUUCCUGCCACUUUGACUGUGGCUGCAUUGACUGCAAAUGAGAUCAGGCUGUUACAGAAGUUAAACCUGCACACAUGUGGCCACUGAAGUCAUCGUUAGUGUUGCCAUGACUCCAUUUUCAUCAGUGUUGGAACUUUUAUGUGCAAUUUUGGUUGUUCCAAAUCAUGAGGAAUUUUAUUCCCACAAUAUAUGAAUAUAUAAAGAAAUUCUGUUCUUCCCAAGUACCUAACAACUUGGUUGCUACUGUUUCGUUGAUUUUGUUUUCUUUUUCUUGAUAAAUCAACAGCAGUGGAUUUGUAGAGGAAGAGGAGAGAAUGCUGGCUGUAUAUAUAUCUGAUUGGAGUUGUCCUCAAACAUUUUUGAAAGAAAUAGACUAGUGGUUGCUACGGUGUGAAAGGAAGAAAUAUAAUGCCGUGGGGAACUGCUGUAUUGUAUUGUGUGUCUGAGUUAAAAGAGCAGCUUUCAUUUCUGCGCCAAAUCCCACCAGUAUACUUGAACAGGAAACUCAAGAAGGCUCGGGGUCUCCUGUUGCUGCAGACUGCUCAGAUCAGGCAGUUUUUGCAUUGGGGCUGCAAUAUUUUAUGUAAACUAUAGGAGACUCAGCAUUGAAUUACUGAUGACCUUUCUUGGACAUAACCCUGUCUUUCCAAGAAAAUGUGGAGGCAGUUGGAAGCCAGUGCUCCUCAUCACUGUCAGCCUUUUCUCUUACUUCCAGGUGCUCAAUGAAAGUCUUGACAUUGGGCUGAUGUGGAGAGGGGAAAACAAGACCAUUUUGCAUUCAGAGACCCAAAGAAUGGUCCUAAUGUAUACACAGCAAAUCACCGGUCAUUCCUGAGAGCAAGUCAGAGGACUCUGGUGCAUGUCACUGCUCUGUAUGGGCAGAGUUGGAUAUGUCAGUCAGCAGGCAGAGAUCCUCCUUGAAGUAUCAGGUGAGGUAAAAGGACCAAAAGUGAAACAUCAUAAGCUAAAUAUCAUAACAACUUUACAAGAGGACUUCACAAAAAGUGGAAGCAUCAAGUGUCCGGAACACUGAGCUUUUGCUUUCUUCCAGCACAAAAAUGUAGUGGUUUAAAUAAAACAGUGACAUUUUUGGUAAAUAU